CUCGUACGGAGAGACCUCGUGCGUGCCAGUCGCGUUGCCGAGCAAAGCCAAGUCGGAGUUGUCGCGCCGUGGUCAGUCGCGCGCAACAGUUCGUCCCGCGACGAACGUCGGUUAUUCGAUUCGCGUGAAACGAUACUACACGAGUAGCUGCUGGAAGGGGAAGCAGAAGAAGAAGAAGAGGGUAACACGAGCGAUGAACGACGUAGAUAGAAAGAAACGAAGUUGGUCGGAGUUUAAUACAUCACGAGACGCGACACGCUGGCGGGUCUAAGUCGGGACUCGAAAGAAAGAAAGGAAGGAAGAAGACAACUGUCAGCAAUUGGUCAGCCGAGAGGCACGUAAAUGAGAGUUCAAGGUCUACCGGUAGUGGUGGUGGUGUUGGACCAGAACACGUUCACGCGAUCGAGAAACUUACUCGACGAACAGAAAGCGAACGGGAUCGACGCACGUUCCUCUUGUUCGUCUCGUCGUCGUCGUCGUCGUUCUCGUUGGAAGUCGGAAAUAUUCCCGGCUGGGAGACGCGCCGCACACCGCUCCGUAACUACCGCGAGCCGCCGGCUGGGGAGAGCAGGGCAGAGAAAGAGGAAGAAGGAGAGAGGAGAAUUCGCGAGGAAACGCGAAACGACGACGGAGCUCUCUGCUGCGUCGCGGUGGACUGUCAUACUAUUUCGGGACCGUGAUCCAAAGUGCGCGCGAGAUACGCGCGAGCAUAAAUAAAUAUACACGCUUGCGCGACUGUGUGUGUAUAUAUGUGUGUGUGUGUGCGUGGUACGUGCUCCACUGUCUGUGAUUCCCCUGUUUUCGCGUGUGCACACGUCCUUGCGGGAGAAAAAAGUGUUUUCGGUUGACAGUGCGUACUUGGUGUUUGUUGAAAAGAAGAAAGAGAUCUAGCGGAGAAAGAGAAAGAGGAAGAGGAAGAAGGUGGUCGCGGCGCGGUGGGCUACGGCCCCGAAACAUCCGAGAGCAUCGACAGGAUCGCUCCAACGACCGCGUGCGUGUGUGUGGUCUGGCCCUCCAUCCUCACCGCCCCUCCAUUCCCUCGUCAGUCCUCCUCCUUCCUUUGUUUUCCUAGGCGGCAACGUUGAAAAGGACUGGCCACCAAAUGCACGUACCGCAAAUCUUGUUUCAUGUUCAUGUUCUGGAGCAAACGGACGGUGCUCACUAAACGUCUGCUAAAGGCCAAGGUCCGUGGGGAGCAUGAAACCGAGUGUGAAGCUCAAGAGGACUCGUCACGUAUUCAUCGCACUAGCAACACGAGCGGCGUUGCCGGCGGUUACGAUACGAGCAGCAACAACAACAAUAACAACAACAACAACAACAACAACAACGCGACGGCGGGUCGAGUGAGCCGGAGGAGCGCGGCGCGAGGAGCAGUAGGAGGAGCAGCGGCGGCGACGGCAGCAGCGUUGUCAACGCACACGGGAUACGGCCGCAUCACGACGACUACGACUACGACGACGACGACGACGACGACGACCACGUCGUCGAGCAGGCUCCAUCAAGGCUGCUGCGGCGGCGAUUCAAGCCAAGAUGACGACGAGGAUCCCAGCCGAUUGAUGAGGUGCAAGGAGCUCCUCAAAACGCUCAAGGAGAAUCAGCUGGAAAUGCUGUUGAGCGCCGUCGAGAGCUACGGCGCCGAUCUCGGCUCGUGCGUCCUCGUGCCGCGUCAACAACGAACCGACGAUCAUCACCGCUCGUACGAUCAGCAACACGAGCAACAGCAGCAAUACGGCGGCAGACCGCAUCGCCAUCAUCCCCGUCAUUUCCAUAAUCAGCGUUAUCGUCAUUAUCGCCACCACCGCUCCCGGCAUCAUCGCUCAUCCUCCAUCGAGGACGAGCAGGAGAGCUGCUCCGAGGAGUCCACGUCGCCGAUGAGGUCGGCGGACGAGAGGUACUGCGGGAAAACGGCGGGCAGCGGCGUCGUCGUGCCAGUGAGAGGAGGAGGAGGAGGAGGAGGAUCGUCGGCGGCUGAGAGCAGCGCACCGAGCGACCCGCACCUGCUCUGCUGCCAGAUCUGGCGAUGGCCGGAUCUCGAGCACUCUUCGGAGCUCAAGAGACUUCCUAUCUGUCAUUCCGCUAAAGACCCCGUAUACAUAUGCUGCAACCCUUACCACUGGAGCCGGCUUUGCAAACCUGAGUCGCCACCACCCCCGUACUGCCUUAUCACCGACAGACUGAGACAUGAAGAUCGUGCGCCUAGCGAAGGGGAUCAACGUCGGUGCAAAAACAGCACGCCCCUGCCACUACCCGGCUCGCUUACCACCAACGGAGAAGGUGAGACAGGACAGAGGGAAUGGUGCACCUUGGCGUAUUGGGAGCUGGGCGGCCGAGUGGGUCGUUUGUAUCCCGUGGAGCCUUCGACGGUGAACGUCUUCGACUCUCUCCACGACGGCGACGGCCUCUGUCUGGCGACACUAGCCGAGAACCACAUUGCACCGCCCGCGGUCCAACGUACGCGCAGCAAAAUCGGUCUUGGGCUAACGCUCAGCCAGGAGGCGGACGGUGUAUGGGCGUACAACAGGUCGGAGAGCCCGAUCUUCGUCAACUCGCCCACCCUGGACGAUCCGGAGUCCAGGACGCUGCUGGUCUAUCGAGUGCCGCCAGGCUUCUGUCUCAACAUCUUCGACCGCGCCAAGAACCUGCAGCUUCCAUACGGCGGCGGCGGCGGCGCGGGGGCGGGCGGCUUCGCCUCCGGCCCCGUCGACAUUAACUCCGUCCGCAUCAGCUUCGCCAAGGGCUGGGGACCCAAGUACUCGCGGCAGGAGGUCACCUCCUGCCCGUGCUGGCUCGAGGUGCACCUGGCGCCAUGCAGGUGAUCGUCCCCAUUGCGACCGGCCGCAAGGAUAUCGAGUCUCGUCCAGUCGCGCCUCUUCCUCCUACUCGUCAUCGUCAUCGUCGUCAUCAUCGUCAUCGUCAUCGUCAUCGUUGUCGUCGUCGUCGUCGUGGUCGUUCUUGGGAAGGACUUGAACGGUGAUGUAAUGAUGCGGCGACCGUGGCCUUUAGCUCCGUCCUAGCAAGAGCGGUGUUUAAACGCGUGCUGGGGACACGGAUCUCCAAGAGCAAGAUCGGUGUCCCCUAAACUCAGCAGUCUUACCAAAGUACACGCCGUCUUAUAUGACUAGGAACAACGUCGCGUUUCGUUCCGUCGACAGAUAGAGAUAGGGAGACAGAAAGAAAGAAAGAAGGAUAGGAACGGAAAUCGUUCGCGAGUGUGUUCAUCGAGCGUAUACGAACGGAGAGGGACUUACAUCGACGAGUGGUACCUUUUAGGAUUUUUACGAGGCGUGUGCUUAAUGCGCGCAUACGCACGCAUUGUUGCUGUUUUAAUUAUGAUUUUCCUUUUUUUUUUUCUUUUGUUCUCUGUGCGCGAUCGAUUCUCGAUCGUCGAGGUGUUGUUGUGUCGAUGCUACUCUCGAAAUUCGUGUGGAGAAUUUCUGACAGCGGGGAAGCGGAGAGAGUCGGGCUUCCGGUAGGUCUAGUCAUUUGCGUUUAGUCUGCGCCAGCUCGCGAAUUCACGCGGUGGAUCCUGAAUCCACAGCAUGGCAGGGAAAAAUUUUAGUCUUAUCGACGCAUGAAACAAGAGUAACGUCGACGGAGGAGAGAGAAAGAGAAUGAGAGAGAGAGAGAAAGAGAGAAAGAGAAAUGAAUGGAGUGUACGAUCGUUCCUCGAGAAGAGUUUCCGUAUGAUCGAAGAGAACGAGCGAGCCUUCUUUCGUUUCGUCAGUCAUACGGAAAGAUUCAGAGAACAGUGAACUCAUCGGCGCUUAAUAGCCGGCAAUUCGAAGGAUCGCUUACAGGUAAUCGACGAUUAAUUGCAAAUUAAUGUCAAAAUUAUCAUUAACUUUUUACUAAACAUCCAAAAUUAUACUGUUUCGAAAUUACUUUUGGUAAAAUUCAUCGAGGAUUAUGCCGAGUUUUCUCGCGUGCUCGUUUUCAUAGAACUUGUAUUACUGGCGAGAAAGGGAGAACAAUUAUUUGUACAGCGUUUACACAAAAUUAACAAGUAAGACUCGCGAAUGUUGAUCGUGAAUUUUCUACGGCUUUUUGAAAUCAGUAGCGCCGACCUCUUUCUCUUGUGACGGACUUUUAUAGAUUGGAAAACUAGAAUAUCAUUACAUUGCAUGGAAAAAAAAAAGUAUUGAUGGAGCAAGAGGAAUUUUUUUGUCUUUUAAGGGAUACGAUGAUCACUCGAUGAUUAACGAUGAAAGACGCAUUUUUAUUUACGCCCGCGUAAGAUCACUCGUAGAAAAGGUUUGCAUUAGAAGCCGCUCCAGUAGCAUAAGUUCUAUCGUAGGUCUUACGUUACGAGACGUGACAGUACUGAAUCGUAGUAGUCAUACGAUUGAUCAGCGCUAUAGAAGCGAAACGUGCCACGAGUCCUGGGGUGUUAUCUCCGGUCGUCGUUCGGUGCUGUACAUACGUAGGGUAUAUGUACAUACACUGUGCCUUCCCAGCUUCCCUCCGUGGUGCAGCGUACUCGGGUAAACGUGCGCCACAUGCCAAGCUCGUUUCGCACGAAAAAAUGCCUCCGGAGCUUUGUACUACAGUAAUAUACGAUACUGUGAUAAGAGUUUGACGCAGGUCUUUUUUUCUUCCUUUUUUUACGGAAAACGUGUUGCGAAGCAAGCGAGACGAGAGAAAGAGAGAGGAAUAGUGAGAUAUAUAUAUAUAUAUAUAUAUAUAUAUAUAUAUAAAGAUAAAUAGAGAGAGAGAGAGAGAGAGAGAGAAAGAGAAACAGAAGAAACAAAACAAGAUACGUUCGCGUGUGUAUGUAAAUUCGGACUCGAGAGCGCAUGAUAUUCGAUAGUGAAAAUUCUCUAUAUCGACACCAGACAAAAGGUAUUCGUUAACUUUACAAAGAUUCUUGAUCUUAUCGCGUUUAAUCAUUAGAGAGAUGUGAAAAAAGGUUCUUGUUUCCUUUCCUUUCUCUUGGAAUAUCGCUAUACAUGUGUAUAUAUGUACAUAUAUAUGUAUCCUACGCGUAUAUGUACAUAUAGCGCAUAUAUGCCUUUGGGUUUUCCAAUGUACGGAAAACUUUCCGCGCGAUGAUCAUACAUGAGUCCCACACACGUACAUAUGCGAACGUUUGCCGCCCUCUUUUUUUUUACAUAUUCUCUAGGUAUAGAUUUGACUUGAAAGAUGGAAAGAGCGUACAGUGUUCAGAACAUUUAAGUACAUACGAUGUAAUAUGUACCAGUCAUACGUAUUCAUUCACACCAUACGCACACACAUACGCCCAUACGUACGUACAUACAUACAUACAUAUAUACAUACAUACAUAGACACUCGUUACACGUACACAUAGACAUACAAUCGACUGAUUGACCCGUAGGUUUUUCGACCAUUAGUUUACUUUCGUACAACCGCUUUUAUCGUGAUAAAAGUGGCAGUUACUUUGUAAUAACGAUCGAACGGAUGUUUGUGCUACAAUCUUACGAGGAAAUCGCGAAUGAUAUAUAUUGUGAUGCGUAUACGCCGCUUGAGAAUGUUAUAUAUAUUAAUAUGUAUACACAGAGACGCAUUAAAAAUGUUCAUAGGUAGCUAGCUGUAUCUACUGUGAGUGAAAGAGAGAAAGAGAGAAUAAAAAAGCGAGAAGAGAGUAGAGAGAGAGAGAGAAAGAGAGAGGGAAAACGCGAGUCGGAUUAGAUCAUCGGCGAAAAUAAUGGUAACGAGAGACGAUAAGAAAUUCCGCCGUCAGAUUGUUCACUUUGGACGACUCUGUUUUGCUUUCGCGUAGUCCCUUUUUCACUGCCCCCGUACACGUUGUUGUGGAGGUCGAGAGAUCCGCCCCUCACGUCGCAAUUAAGCGCCGAGCGUGCACUCGCACAGCGUCUUUGGUACGCGUUUGAAAGCGUUGUUAUACGCACUGUGUGUCCCGCGAUUUACGAGACGUCGGCCGAGGCGAAGACCGCGAUGGAAUUCGAUCAAAAACAAGUUAUCUGCCAAGUUAUCCCGCGUUGCUAUCUCGAGCUCGAGAUUCCGACAUUUGUCGAGUCGAAUGAUCGAGACAGACGAAAACCGACGAGAACGAUCUCGCGAUCUUCGCAUGUUUCACAAUAUAACGUCGAGGCCAUAGACUUAUAUACUCAGAUUCUUAUUCUAAACUUUCUCUCAGCCUUUUGAUUGUCUUAUAAGCAUAUUUAAAAGCAAGACGCUUCUAUCGUAAAAAGUUCAGAGUAAGAACCAUAGACUGCAUCUUUUUAUGAAAAAUUUGAAGAUUUGAAGGACAACGAUUUUCUCCCAUGUCCACAAGCAUUCCAUCUUUAUCUAGCUUGAUACUUAUCAGAGAAAGCUAGAAUAAAAUGUGCAAUAGGAGUCAAACUAGAGAAAAAUUGAGUGCCUGCACUAAUAAGACAUCCUUUCCAACUUUUCGCAGUCUUUCAUGGAAUACUCAAUCCAUAUAUAUAAAUUUAUGGUUGAGAUAUAAAUUAUCGCAGUUUUUUUCGUGACCAAACGUACCGAUUCGCGCGAAUAUUUGUGCCUCUUUGUGCUCAUCGUGUCGCACUUCCAAGCGCGUCGACGAAAAGAGCACGCACGACGUCGUCACGCGUUAGGAACAAAAAGGCACUUACGAAGGCAUACUAAAAUUAAUGGUAGGACUGUCGUACGACGUAAAUACCGCCACGGGCGAGCUUCUUCUCGCCGCGAUGCGAUGUGUCUACUCGCGGUAGAACGCGAGACCGACUUUUCUCCUCUAUCUCAGGAACACGUGAUAGAAAAUGUGAAGACGUGAGAAGAUCACGCGACGUGAAAAUUCCGGGGAAAAACUUGGAAAAGAAGCGGAAACACACGAGAAACGCAACAGGUCGGUGGCGAACUUGCAAUAAUAAAUCUAUUUUUAUCGAUCAUUGCAGGGGAAAGGACGGAAGAGACGAGUACAGCGCGAUUGUAAUGAUUUAUCUCACGAUUAGUUUUCUCAUGAUCGUUUUCUUUUUUUUUUUAUUCAAUGAUUUUCAUGUAAUGAUUGAAUGUAAUGUUUCGUUGUGAUCAUAUUUUCCGCAUUGCCGUUAAUCUCGCUGACAUUUUACGUAUUGCUCUGUCUUUCGUUUCUUUCGGAGCUGAUCAUAUAAAUAUAAAAGAUUAUUUAUGAUAACAUUUGUACGUAGUGUAAAGGGCGAAGUGAUCGGAACGGAAAUUUCGUGGCAUCGUGCAAUUGUAUUGAAGACGAAAGCCUAUGUUAAUUUUUAAUUAAAUCAAGCGAACGACGUGCAUCUUCGACGAGAGAUUCCUCGAAUGAAAAAGGAUAAAAAUACAACUAUUGCGUAUAUUCGUAAAUUGUAUGUAGUGUUUUUUUGAAUUUUUUGAAUUUGAAUUUUUUUAUUUUAACCAAAACGAAGAUAUUCACACAUACGAUUUUCUUUUUUUUCUUGUUUUUACGAUUCGCCUUUCCCAUCUUUCAUCCACUUUCAAAUUUAACACACCGAUCGCGGUCGUAAGCAUCGAGUCGCGAACGAACUGAUAAGUCAUGUCUUUUUUAUUUUGUUAUUUUUUUCUUUUAUUUUUCAAUUCAUGGGUCACCCGAUAAACAUCUCUCGACGUAAGAAAUUCAAAUCCAAGCUCACGCUUCAUAUUCAACAUUUGCUUAUUUCACAAUAAAGAAUAUUUAUCGCGCCGGCAAAAUAUCACGAUGACUGUCUACUCGACGCGCGCGUCAAGCAAGACUGAGCUUUUUCCGACGGAAUAAUUUAUUUCUUUAUAUCCGACCGUUCCGGGGAUCUGUCCCGAGCGCGUGACGAUUACUUUCGCCAAUAAAGCCGGCCACUCGUUCGACGAGUUACCGUUUCUCUCGGGCGACGCGACGUGACGUGCCAUUAUUCAGUAAGUAAUAAUCGGGAGUAAUAGCGCUAAUGUUAACGACCGAACGACAAUUAGAGCCGUUUUCUAACGUCACUCUUUAACUAUCGGCCGACCACUCCACGUGUUUGUGGGCUAGGUUUAAUCUUUAAACCAUAGACAUGCAAUACGAAAGUUCCUCAUUAGUGAGAUUAGGUGCCUUCGAAUCGAAUCUCACUUAAUUAAUAAUCGAAUUUUGCGUUCAAUGGAAAUCUUGUAGUUAUAACGUAAAUGACGAAUUAUUUCGCUUGAAUUCUCCGUAGAUCUCGCUCGGAUCGAAUAAACCAUUUCGAGAAAAAGAGAGAAAAGAAGAAAGGUGCGCGAAAAGUAACUCAUAAGUUUACCUAUCGAUAUAUGAAUACACAGAAUAUAUAGAUGAAGCAUGAACUGCUACUUUGAGCGAAAGGAGUGUAAGAUCGGCGUGGAAGAGUCAGAAAGUUCAGUAGAACGAUUAUUGAUAUUCCAAUUAUUGAGACUCCCUUAGUUUCACUGACACUCUAGAAAAAAAAAACUUUGCUUUCAUGCGAUCAAAUUGCACAAUCAAAUUUCUUAUCUACACUUGAUUUCAAACGAGAACUUCACAACUAAAACUGUGAGCAAGUGGUCGUAAGAAGAAUGACAGUGUCAGUAACUUUCUAGAAUGUCAAUGACUAUGGAAGAUCAAUAAUUGGGUAUUUAUCUCACAUAAACAUAAUAAAAAUGGACGGAGUAUAAAGAGCGAGAUGUAGAAAGAGACAGAAGACAAAAGCUAUAUCUUCGUUUUUCUCUUAACGCGUGACUCAUAGAGAGAAAGAGAAAGAUACGGCUUUCGCUUUUCGUCUUUUCCUACUUGAUCUUUGCUGCCAAAAUUUUGGACACGCUCGAUCUAUUCUUACUAUAUCUAUGAUUUAGUAUUUAUGCUUUGGUCAGUUUCGAUUACAUUCGAGUCGCAUAUUACUGAAACGAAGUUACCCAAAGUAUACAUACUCACCUCCUUACCCCGAAUCUGACUCUCCCGUUGAGUUAAAACUCCGUCUAUAUAUUUGUAUGUCGAUGAGUUCAUCAGUUUGAAAAUAUUCGAGACACGGGCGUGUUUUCUUUUACAUUCUCACUUUUCUUCCUAAUUAACGGUUAAAAUCAUGCGAAGGAACGAGGGAAGGCAGCUAAUUUCCCUAUAAGGACCCUACGUCUGUGAAACAUAGUGCCUUUUAUAGCCGUUCACUGUUACAUUAGAUUAGUGUUUUAGAGCGAGAUACGACUAGCGGUGUUAUCACGCGUGUCGGUAAACUACUGUUGUUGAUAAGUAACCUAAGCGCUUCACAUCGGCAUCCCUAACGAAAACGUAUUAUUGCUCGUCUUCGAGAAAGAAAAAGAGAACCACGAAAAACUCUCUGCUCGUACGUGUCUUUCCUUCUCCUACCGAAUUCGAUCCUCUCUCUUCUUUUUUUUGUCGUGCGAUUUAAAAAAUCGUCGAUGUACACAUCGGAUGGACUGAACUUUGAUAAAGAAAAAACGAAAAGAAUAAAAGGUGAAAAACACUUUCGAGACGUGUUUAGACGAUAGUCGCAAAUUCCCGCGAUUCCUGCCGUGUCCUGCGUCCUCUUCCGCCGUGGGUACACUUUGCGCCCAUUUAGGAUGUAACGAAUAAACAACUAGUGCCUUACACACCACACGAGAGAUACUGCGCUUUUCGGAUGUAUGUUAAAAUAGGAUGUGAUCCAUUAGACGCUGCAGAUGCUUUGAAGCGCCAUAUGGACCAAUUGUGGCUUUUCUCUAAGCGCUUCAAAGCGUUUGCGGCAUCUAAUAGAUCGUACCUAUAGUUGAUAAGUAAAGGGAGAGAGAGGAAAGGAGAGAUGAUGCGUUCUAAUGUGGACGAUUCAGAUGACUGUGCGGGCGGGUUUUUUCUCCCCGAUCGCAGACGCGCACACUCUCAAGUCAUGAUUACGCGGAAUUUAAAAAAAAAGAAAGAAAUGCGUCCUUCUUCGUUGUCGGAGAGAACUUAUCGAUGACGACAACUAUUUUCUAUCGCAUCGUCGUACGUCACGAUCGACUGACGUGCCGCCGGAAAUCAGUAUUGCGAUUUCGUCGACGAAUUUCGAGAUGACUUGAUUAAAAAAAAAACGUAUCUUACAAAGUUCUUUUCUCGUCACUUGUACCAUGUUCAGAAGAAAUUCCGCGAGAGUCGUUGGCUACGUUAAACAGAGGAAACUGCUUCGCAAUUGUUGUAAAAUUCGUGAGUCGGAUUCAUACAUGCUCGUAGAAUCAUUUAAGAUUAGAAGUAUAUACCAAUCAGAUUUGCGAAUUUCACAACGGUUGCAAAGUAAUUUUCUCUGCUAAACGGAGCCAUUGAUACUUUACGAUGUAUAUGUCGCAAUUGAUUUUAGUGGUCCGAUAUGGUACACGAAUUGAUAAUGUCGAAAAAUGCACGUUUAAACCGGAAUGGUAAUACGGUUUAUACUCAUGACGUGAGACAUUUUGCUAAUGAAUAUAAGCGGUUCUCUUUUUUCUUUCUUCUAUAACAGCAGUUUCGAAAUUCGUCGACGUGGUGAAACGACGAUGCGUAACGUUGCCGGGACAAUCGUUUGCAUGAUUUCACGCGGACAACGAACGGCUCGACGUUUUUUCAUUCUUUUUUUUUUCACACGUUCACCGACAUUCACUGAUCAAAAAGCCUACGAUCGGGCGCCGCGAUUCUCCUCAUUUCCGCAUCACGCGCAAUAAGAUACGCAACAAAGUAUAUGCAUAUAAGUACACAUGUAUAUAUGAUACACAUGUAGAGUGUCAAGGUGCGAAUGGGGUGCAACGACACAACGGAGAACCGAGAAAAAAUGACUAUGGCUGUAUAUAUUGUACAUAAAAUGUGUACGCACGCACGCAAGCGCGCGCGCAUAUGUAUGCAUUAUACAUAUAAUUAUAUAUGUAUAUAAAUAUAUAUAUUAUAUAUUAUGUCGUCGGCGAGAUGAUGAUAAUAAUAAUAACGAAUGAUAGUAACUAAUAAUAAUAAAAAUAAUAAUAAUAAUAAUAACGAUAAUAACGAUAAUAAAAAGCAGAUGUAAGAAUAUAAGUGCGAUAGCGUAACGAGAAAUAACGAUAUUAUUAGGUAUACCUCCCGAGAACUCACAAUAUUAUUUUCAAUAUCAUUGUAUUCAAUUCCGAACGAAGUAACACGCUUUAAGUGACGACCGUGUAUUGAAGAUCAAGGAAAUCCUCUCCACUCAUUUUUACGAGAUGAAAAAAACAAAUAUAUGAAAUUGCAAAUUUGUA